UUUUAAAAUAAUUUCUCCGUCUGGCCUCAGUCAACAUUUCUAACAUUAAUGACAUAAUUAAUUGACUGUUUGCGGGAACGAUCCCGUGUUUAUAAACCGCGUCUUAAAGCUCGUUAAAGGGCUCUUUCACUUCAUGCUAAACCAUAAUGUUAGCUACUAGCUAGCGGUGUGUGAGCGCGAGCAUCUUACUACUCUUUCCCCGUUACCGUCGCAUUACUCCGGUUAACAACGGUGUUAGCUCCGUCUGAUUAAAAGCCAGCUGACGUGUCGCGGUGACGCGGUGAGCUGAAGUUAACCAGCGGCGGUGAGGCUCCGUUAGCUGGACGCUAAUAUGUCAGACACCGGCACAUCCGUUCACUGCCCGGCCGAGGACGCGUCUGUCCGGCCGAGGACGUCUGCUGCUACCGCUAACGUUAGCGGCCAGAGGCGGGAAGGAGGCCGGCGGCGGGCUAUCAUGCGUCUCAGUGCCGGUUAGUUGCUUCAGAUGACGGAGGAGCAGAGCCAACAGCAGCGGGGGGAGGGUGGUUUGGAGGCGGGUGAGGGAGACAGUGAGCCCAGCAUGCUGCUGCAGAAACUGAAAAACGACAUCUCGAAGAGCGUUCAGACCAAAGUGGAUCAGAUCCUGCAGGACGUACAGCGUUUCUCUGACAACGAUAAGCUCUACCUGUACCUCCAGCUACCUUCAGGACCCAGCUGUGGAGACAAGAGCGUGGGUGACUCUGGCUCGUUCAACACCACUGACCAGCUUCACACCUGUACCUGGAUCCGCUCUCACCUGGAGGAGCAUUCAGACACGUGUCUGCCCAAACAGGAUGUCUACGAGACGUACAAGAGAUACUGUGAGAACCUGCAGCAUCGGCCUCUGAGCGCUGCCAACUUUGGGAAGAUCAUCAGAGACAUUUUCCCCAACAUCAAGGCACGGCGGCUCGGAGGCAGAGGGCAGUCCAAGUACUGUUACAGUGGCAUCAGGAGGAAGACGGUGCUCAACAUGCCUCUGUUGCCCAACCUGGACCUAAAGAACGACCCGGCUGAGCUGACUGAGCUGGUCCAGACGUACAAACAGGAAGUGACGGAGGCGGCGUGUGAGCUGAUCUGUGAUUGGGCGCAGAAGAUCCUGAAGCGCUCGUUUGACACAGUGGUGGAGAUCGCUCGUUACCUGAUCCAGGAGCACAUUGUCAACCCUCGGUGCAGCCAGGCCGAGCUGGUGACGUCAGCCACGCUGGCAGGAGGUCCAGCCAAACCUCACAGGGUCAUAAAGAAAACUCCGGUAGCCUCCAAAGAGUCGGACACAGCGUUGGAUCACAAGAAGGACAUCAGAGAUGCCUUGUCCUCCUCGUCUUCACUGAAGACGCUGCUGCCUGGAGACAAAUCAGGAUUGGCUACCAGCACCAAGCCGUCCUCCCUGGAAGCUCCGCCUCCUCCUUCCUCUUCCUCCUCUUCCUCUCUGCGCCCUGCGGUGGAAGCCUUCAUCAAGCAGUUACCCAGAAUUCUCCCUCGCAGCUCCAUUCCUGAUAAGACGCAGCUCUCUGUCCGCUCCUCACCACCGUCGCUUGCACCCAAAGACGCCUCUGGUGUCGGGGGGGCGUCUGGACCCGGAGGUCCAGCCCCUGCUGCUGCCGCCAGUGGGGGAGGAGUCAAGGUCAUUGCUAUGGCGACGCUGCCACAGCAGCAGGGUGGGCCCAUGCCCUUGAUGAUCCUGCCUCAGAGCUGCUUGUCCUAUGACAGGGAGAAGGUGGCGCCGCCUCCACAGCAGCAACACGCCUCUGUUGCGCCAACCUCCGUGGUCCAAAGGGCCAGAGGAAACAUCAGCAAGCGCCCCCUGGAGGCCGUGGCAUCAGGGAGUUCAGCAGGCGUGUCCUCUGUGUCUGCUGCCAACGCUCCUCCCAUCAAACGGAAACGUGGUCGACCAAGAAAACCUCGGCCGGAGGACGUGCCACCUCUGCCCCCACCUCCUCCUCCUCCUCCUGCUGCUCUUCCUCCUCAGGCCCCGCCUCCUGCUCCUACCACCCAUUAUCCCAUCAUCACACCCGUGGGUGGCGGUGUCAUCCAGAAGGCGUCGUCUUCCUCUUCCUCACAGCCCGUGCUAGAGCUGGUUCUGAGUCAGCUGCCUGCGACGGCGGCGGAGCACCGCAGCGUGGUGGUACAGUGUCAGCCAGGCGGCGCCGAGCCGGACCGCCACACUCGGCCGUUGCUGCUCCUGCAGACUUCAGCCAAUCCCAGCUGGGAGCUGACGGCGGGGCGGACGCCGAUGGUUGAGGUGAUCCAGAAAGCUCCGCGACCAGGCAACAACACCGCCACCGUAGCCCCGCCUACAGCCCACCUGCCCCCUCCCCUCCUUCUACACUUACCCAAGCUUCAAGAGGAGCAGGGGGAGGUGGAGAUCACACCGACGCCCAGCUCCACCCCCUCCACCACCGUGCCCAGGAGUGAGGAGGAGCAGGAGGGUGGGCGAGAGAGAGACACACAGUAGCUCCCAUCAACACUGCCCCGCCCCCCUCAACACUCCUCUGACUCACUGCUGGAUGUGUUGUUUGUGUGUGAGUGAGUGAAUGUGUCA